CUCAUAAAGAGCCUGUAUUAUGAGAGGACAACUACAUUUGACUGCACAGAUCUCUAACACCUACAAAAUGGAUAACGGGUGCCAUUGUUCAACCAACAGCGACAGGCUUUUGAAUCCUAUCCUCUUCAACAUCCUCAGCCAAAUGGAUAACAGCAAACCAAGUCAACACAGCUUCAACUACAAUUCAGUACCUCAUAGAUGCAACUGUGAGCUGCGUCGGACAGUGUGCUUAAGAAGGCCGACUGAGAUUUGCAAAGAAGCUUCAGCAGUUCUGGUUAAAACUGUCCAUUUCAUGAAGAACUUGCCCGCUUUUAACCAGCUUCCACCUAAUGACCAGUUUUCACUUCUCAAAAGCUGCUGGGCACCCCUCUUCAUUUUGGGUCUGGCCCAGGAGCAUGUGGAUUUUGAGGUGACGGAUUCCCCCACUGACAGCAUGCUGAAAAAGAUUCUCCUGAACCAGGAGAGCCCUGAGAUGGAAAAAGAGCAGCCCACCAUAGCCGGAGUCAGCAAGCUCAAGUCCUGCAUCAAAAAGUUUUGGAGUUUGGAUUUGAGUCCAAAGGAGUAUGCGUACCUCAAAGGGACAACGAUAUUUAAUCCAGAUGUCCCAGACCUUAAGGCAGCUCUGUUUGUUGAGGGGUUGCAACAGGAAGCUCAGCACGCCCUGAGCGAGGUGGUCCAACUCCUUCACCCUGGGGACCAGGAGCGUUUUGCUCGAAUCCUCCUCACAGCGUCCACGCUGCAGAGCAUCACACCUGGCCUCAUCACUGAACUGUUCUUCCGGCCUGUGAUUGGCCAGGCUGAUCUGCUGGAGCUGCUGGUCGACAUGCUGCUCUGCAGGUAGAAGAGGAUUGGUGGACUCUAUGAAACGGUCAUGGAGAAAGUUGACUAUCAGAGACGGCAGUGAUGGGGUUUUUUUGUCGUUGUUGUUGAACUUACCAAACAACGUUCCUUUGUUGUCCUCCUGACAGUGCCAUGCUCAAAAAGUGUGUGAACUGGUGCAAACAUGUUAUCUUUCAUGAGACUAUGAAUUACUUUUAUUUACAUUGAAGCUGAGGUCACUUUAACCAUGUUUGAAUAGAUUGUAUCUGCUGAAGUGGAUUUGACUUUCCACAUAUUACAAAAGGGCAGAUUUUUUACCAAUGUUUAAUAUACUGUGUCUCAUGUUGAAGAUAUUCUCUUAGCUUCAAUAUUGUAAAUACAUUUUGUCUGCAUUUACAGAACAUUUCAAAUAAAUCUAUUUUUAUACAUGAACAUAAUAAUGAACGUCUGUCUCAAUCUUUAAAGAACCACAACAAACCAUGUUUGAAAUGUGACUCAAUAUGUAGCAGCUGUUUCACAUGAACAUGACAAUUUGUUCUCAACAUCUUCACUCCUACAGUUUUUUGGCAGAUGCAUCAUUUGCAUCACAUGUUGUGCAGCCAAGUAUUGCUCAAGCCCAUUUUUUGAACUGUCAGGAGACCAGUGUUUCCAAAGAUAGUGAUAUCUUUGGAAACACUCAAUCCCCUGAAAUGGUUUAAAAGACCUUUAGACUUUUCUACAUGAUACAGCCCUAAACAUGUGGUAAUUUGGGAUUACAAUUUUCUUUCAGUGAUGUGCGAUGUUGCUUCAUUGGAACCAGAGGUGCAUAACAUAUU